AUGAAGACUUAUCACUUCGACAGCAAACCCUUAGCCCACCCCGAUGCCAUAAUCACAGGAUCUCAUUACCGUUUCACACUCCUUACCGACCGAUUAAUCCGCUACGAAUGGUCUUAUGAUGGAAAAUUCGAAGAUCGGGCAUCAACCUUCGCGAUCAAUCGGGAGUUCCCCGUCCCGAAAUUCCAGAAGAUCGAACGCCCCGACGAACUCGAGAUCAUCACAGACCAUUUCCAUCUGAGCUACGACAAGGAACGAUUCAGCCCCAAUGGACUGAUGUGUAGCUUCUCCGCGAAGAUCACUCAGUGGGGAGCCCAGUGGCGGUACGAUGACCCGCUGAAUGCUUCGAGAUCUCAGAAUCUCGGCGGAACAGCUAGAACCUUGGACGGGUGUGAUGGACGCUGUGAUAUGGGGGAUGGCGUGUUGUCUCGGUUCGGAUAUGCGGCUAUCGAUGAUGGCGAAACCAUGCUGUUUGACGGCAAGGGCUUCGUAGCUGGACGAUUGCCUGGAGAUCGCAUUGAUGGGUACCUAUUUUGUCAUGGCCACGAUUAUAAAGGGGCAAUAAGAGAUUUCUACGCGGUGAGCGGCAAACAGCCUAUAUUGCCCCGGUGGGCGUUAGGAAAUUGGUGGAGUCGCUACUACAAAUAUCAUCAGGAUGAGUAUCUCGGGUUGAUGGACGAAUUCAAGAAGAGGGAGAUCCCGCUGUCCGUUGCAGUGAUUGAUAUGGAUUGGCAUCUGGUGGAUGAUGAUCGGGUUCCUCAUGCCGGCUGGACGGGAUAUACUUGGGACAGCAAGUUGUUUCCAGACCCGACCACUUUUGGUCGAGACUUGCACAGUCGGAAUCUCAAGAUUGCAUUGAAUGAUCACCCGCAUUCGGGGAUACAUUCGCAUGAGGAUGCAUAUGAGGAGAUGGCUAAAUUCUUGGGCCACGACACCUCGAGGAAGAAUCCUAUCCGGUUCGACCCGACAUCCCCUAAAUUCAUGGAAGCAUAUCUGGGCAUCCUCCAUCGGAAUAUUGAAAAGGUCGCCUGUGAUUUCUGGUGGAUUGACUGGCAACAAGGUUCACAUACCAAGGUACCUGGAAUCGACCCUCUCUGGCUCCUCAACCAUUUUCAUUUUCUCGACAAUGCUCUCGACGGCAAACGCCCCCUCAUCUUCUCACGAUAUGCCGGGCCAGGGAGCCAUCGUUAUCCGGUCGGAUUCUCGGGGGACACAGUGACGACAUGGGCGUCGCUGGAAUUCCAACCCGAGUUUACAGCCACGGCGUCCAAUAUCGGCUAUGGCUGGUGGAGUCAUGAUGUAGGCGGACACAUGCUAGGAACCCGCGACGACGAGCUGGUGACGCGAUGGGUGCAAUUUGGUGUCUUCAGCCCCGUGAUGCGCUUACACUCUUCCAAGUCGCGCUGGACAUCCAAGGAGCCCUGGCUAUAUCGCACGGAGAGCGAGUUGAUCAUCCAAAAUUUCAUGCGUCUCCGUCACCGAAUGAUCCCAUAUCUCUAUACGUGCAACGUCCUUGCGUCCACCGAGGAUGAACCCCUCAUCCAGCCUAUGUACUGGUGCUUCCAAGAUCGGGAUGAGGCAUACCAAGUCCCCAAUCAAUAUUUUUUUGGCUCGGAGUUGAUUGUCGCCCCGAUCGUGAAGCCAAGGGACAAGAGAACGAAUCUGGGCUGUGUCAAGACCUGGCUACCGCCUAAGUAUCGCCAUGUCGAUGUUUUCACAGGCACCGUCUACGACGGAAACAGGGAAUUGAAUAUGUAUCGACCUCUUCAUGAGAUUCCCGUGUUGGCACAUGAAGGCAGCAUCAUCCCGCUCGACGCGGACCCGACGCCCCAAAAUGGUGGCUUGAAUCCAACGCACUUUGAAGUCCUCGUUGUCGUCGGCCGUAAUGGACGGAGCCGUGUUCUAGAAGAUCCCGCCGAUGACUCUGACCCCGUCAAGAAAGAAUCCCCUUCGUCCGGCGAACGUGGCAGUUUGAUCCGAUAUGACCAGGCUCAAGGCGUCUUAACGGCCCACGUCACAGGCAGGACCUGGACUUUCCGCUUCCUCGCCAUCACCGAAGUCCCGAAGGACCUCAAAAUCGUCGUUGACGGCAAGGAUUGCACUCAAGAUGCCAAAGUCUCGAUCGAAAGUUUUCCGUCCACCCCGUCGAUGUUGGCCCAUGUCCCUGCUCCGGAAAAGGAGGAGGAGGAGGGAGAGAAGAAGAGGAGGAAGAAAUACACUAUUCACAUCUCGCUAGGCCGGGACCCGCAAUUGAGCGUGCUCGAUCAUAAAGCGCGGAUUGAGCGGUUGCUACUUGACUAUCAGACUGAGUUUGAGAUUAAGGAUCGGAUCUGGAGUAUUGUGACGGAUCGCGACAGUGCGAUUAAUGUCAAGAUUGGGAAGUUGAUGAGUUUGAGUGUGGAUGAGACGUUGACAGAGCCCGUGGCGGAAUUGAUUUUGAGUGACGUCCGGGGAAUGCAUUUGUGA